GUGACAACAUCGUACCGUAUUGCACGUGCUGAAUCGAGAGUGCCGAACGAAAACACGUGUUUGUUGAUGACACGAAAGUUGACAUAUUGACCGGAUUAGAGGAGAAACGGUUCAAAUGGGAGGUCUGGUCAGCCAGCUUUGGUGGGGUGGUGACCCUGACGAGAUGAACCCUGUAUCAGGGUUGACCAAACGCGACAUCUACGCUGUACAGAAAUCCUGGGCUCCAGUGCACGCUAAUAACUUAGCUGUAGGAACUGAACUAUUAAAAAGAUACUUCCGUGCAUAUCCAGAAGCGAAGCAAUAUUUCCGAAUGCUAAGGAACCUCUCCGAAGAGGAUUACGACAGCAACAUACAGUUCAAAGCUCACGUCAUAAGUUUGAUGACCUCCCUGAACCUUGCGAUCAGCACGCUCAACCAGCCAGAAUUAGUUGCGACUCUGAUGCAGAAGCUCGGUGAAUCGCAUGGAAAAAGGAAAAUACAGGAGCAGCAUUUUCACGAUUUAAAAGGCGUAAUUGUAAACAUGUUCAUUGAAGUACUGAAACUAGAUGACGCAACGCUCGGCGCUUGGGGCAAGACUGUAGGUUUCUGGUACAAGCAUAUCUUCCAGACUUUAUCAAUCCCAGAUGAGCAGAGAUAACUAAAUACUAUUUAAUAAUAUUAUAAACGGAUAAAUAAUUUAAUAAUAUUAUAUACAUUUUAUAAAAUAUAUCAAUGAUAUGAGGUAAUAUUACAUUUUUUUACAAGAUGGUAAAGCAAAGCUUACGUUACGGGCACAGGGAUAAAUAGGAGGGUAUUGUUUCUAGAAUCCAGAGUGUAGCGAGGGGACAAUCAAGUUUUGUAGUUUUUUUUUACAAUCUAUACUCUAUGGUUCAUGUUUCACAUCAUAAAAGCCCCUAGAGACUUCAGUACAUUACAUACCCGCCUAACCUAUUAAUGUAUUGCCUAACUUGACCUUUCAAUACUAGGCUAUUUAAUAAGGCAUUGCCGAGCGAGUGGUGUGCAAAAUACUUAAAAGAUACUACAGUUUAUCAUAAACGUGGUUCGUAAUACAGGCUAAGUUUAUGAGGCAACCAUGUUAUAUGUCAGCUACCCGACCUGUUAGAAAAAUUAGGCUUAAAAUAUAUAUCUAGUGUUUUUGAACCGUAUUUUAACUGCAUUUACUAAAGGAAAAUCUAAAAAAUAUCAUUUAACCGAAAUUGGUGACAUUUUUAACACGUUUUUUUUCUUUUUGUAAAAAUUUUGAGAAUAGUGUUUUUAAAAUUGUGGUUUUAUUUAUUCCGAGCAAGAUGCAGGUUCAGUUUUCUUUAAAACAAUCUUGCGAUUUUCGAUUCGAUUGAUUCAAAUACUUUUUAAUAAUGAAUACUUUUGUGAAAGUCUAGACUGAUAUUUACAACCAAAUCUUCCUAUUCCUAACGGUCAUGCAUAAACACUUCGUAUAAAUUUCAUAAUAUUGCUUUCUGUGAGUUAAAACACUAUAUAUAAACUUUGCAACAGUUACAUGUGAGGAAAAUUAGUAUCAAUAUUAUACUUUGUACUCCAUAGCGGUCAAGUGCAAAUCACAACGUUAUCAACCUGUUGAUAAUUGAUAGUUCAGUAAAAUUACUUGUCUCUGGCAAAUACAGCAGCGACCGAUAAGUAAUAACUGAUAAAACAUAAAUGUACUAUAAAUAUAGAUAAACUAUGUAUUCAAAUAUCUAAAAUAUAUAUAUGACUGACUGAAAUUAAACUAUGCAAAAUAUAUAUCUAAAAUAUAAAUGGCUAAGUUAGCAUGUAUCAACAAACAUAUCGUUGAGAAUGUUAAUAAUAUAAUAGUUAUAUAAAAAUAGAAAUUAAGUAAAUAUAUCGUUAAAUGAAAGGUGAUAAUAUUUUUUUAAUAUUGGCAUAGCUGGAACGUCAAAAUGGCAGAUGUUUAAAAAUUCAGCAAGUCACAUUUUUGAGUAAAUCUAGUAGAGUUAAAUAUAAUUCAAGCCCAUUGUAAAAAUUCUUGACGAGUAAUUCUUAUAAAUUUGCGUAGUUAUCUAAAUUAUGGUUUAUUUCAAUUUACUUGCUGUUUUUGCGAUAGUAUAAAACGGCAUUAUGUGUAAUGUAAUUAUGAGGAGUCGGUACAUAUAAUAUGAAAUACUAAGGUAUUCAAACGCACAUAAUAUACAUUUUUUGCUAUGUACACUGACAUUAAUUGAAUAGGAAACAAAGCGUUUAAAUCAAUCUUGAUUUAAAUGGAUUUUUAUGACUUCUGCUGCAAUUUGCAUGACUGCUCAUCAACUUUUGCUAUUAAAUGGCUUAAUGGCUUUGAAUAAUUCAAAGUAAAAUGAAAAUAUACAAAUAUUUACAUCUUAAAUAAUUCCCAAAGAUUAAAUAUACAAAGUAGAUUAAGUUAUAAGA